AGUGCAGACAGCGGCGGCCGGAUUGCUGAAAAAUAAAAUGCAAUUUUUUGUCAGAAUCGCCGUUUAAUUCUAAAAACAUUAUAUCUUGAAGUUCUCUACAAAUAUUUCUUAUUUACUAAUAUUAUCACGAUCCAGCAUAAUUCUAGUCAAGGAUUACACCAUGAAGUGGACUAAUCAAGGAGAUUUGGUCUUCUCUGGAGAUGAUGAGGUGCUCCCCAUCGACCCUCCGGUAAUCGCCAUAUUUUCAAAAGAGGACCUUUCAGAAGAGGAAAUUACUUCAUCUUCUUCGUCGUCGUCGUCUUCGUGGUCACGUCGCACGACUUCUUCCUCGUCCCGACCGGCUUCUUAUUGGUCUUCAAAUCCCUCUUCCGUCGCUGUAGGGAUCGAAGGGAAAGAGGAUGUGACGCCGACAGAGGAGGUGGUGACGUGGACGUCGGACGAUUCUUCCCCCUCGGAGGGGACGAUAUCCUCGGUGGACUCGGCCGUAUUCAACAUGCCGUCUGCAUCGCAGAAUGGGAAUGGUGGUGAGGAGGAGGAAGAAGAAUAUCGUGCCCCAGUGGUGGAGGAGUUUUCACUGGAUGAGAAGAUGGAAAGAAUCCAAAAGUGGAUCAAUAUGCAACCUGAUCGAUUAAGAUUUGCAUUUUAAAUGAGUAAAAAUCAUUUUUAUAAAGAUUAUACAGGAAUAAAAAUAAACAGAAAGUUGAAAAACUGA